AUGAGCAAUGAGUCUACCGUCUGGAACAUCCUACCAAAAAACUCCACAGAGAUCCCACUCGACAGCGAGGAGGAGCAAGAUGGCUAUGUGCUCCUCCUGGUGAUCCUCUCCAUCUUCCUGGUAGGAACACUGAUCUUCAUCUCUGUCCUCCUCAUCAGCUGCCGUCGCUGCUGUCGAAGAGGGCAAUGCUGCACCAGGGCCAGCGAUGACCCCAAGAAAACCAACACCACCUAUGUGGAGGAGUCACAGCCCAGCCAUGAAAUCACCAUCAGGGUGGAUGAGUCAGACUGCCUGUCAAUGGCCAGCUCUCACGGCCAAGAGACAGAGCGCUUCCUCUCCACGGGCACUACGGGCCGCCGUGUCUCCUUCAAUGAGGCUGCGCUCUUCGAUCACGGCAAGAAGACCCAGGAGAAGGGCCGCAGGUACACUCUGACCGAGGGCGACUUCCACCACCUAAAGAACGCCCGGCUCACGCACCUCCACAUCCCUCCUCCGGCCCUAAAGAUAGUCACUAUCCACGAGUGCGAAUCGGCUGAGAACACCAUCACCAUGACAACGCGCCCCGUCGCUAAGUCAGCACUUUCCAUCUUCCAGCCAAUGCUGUGCCCACUACCACAAACGGCACUGACCAGCCUGAGCGUCAAUCCCAGCUGUGCCCUCCCUGGAGAUGCUCUCAACUCAACUGUGGUGGACACCAGCUUCAGUGAGAACACUAUAGCUCUCAGCACUAAAGAACCCAUCUCCAGCUCUAUUGAGAUGAUGGUAGCGGGGCCUAGGGGCAGAGGCAGCAGCAUCAGUGUCGGAGGAGGGGCCGCAGUGGGGACCGGAGCCUCUCCUGCCGGCAGCAGUGCAGGAAGCCAGAGGCCUGUGCUGCAGUUCUUCACUAAACUGCGGCGCCAUGCUAGUCUGGAGGGGGCCAGUCCCUACUUCAAGAUCAAGAAAUGGAAGCUGGACAGCAGCCAGAGAGCCUCAAGUCUGGACACCAGAGGUUCCCCAAAGAGGAGACAGUUCCAGCGCCAGCGAGCUGCCAGCGAGAGCAUGGACCAGGAUGACAACGACGCACACCACAUAGACCUCAUCCAGUACAUUGCCCGCACCCAGGACAUCACCUACUGUCCCAGCCAGCCCACUACACGCCUCCUCUCACCUCCAUCCACACCACCCCCCUCCCUCGGCAGGGUAGAGGUAGAGGUGUUGGUGGAGCCCAGCUGCAGCUAUAGUGGACCAGGGGUGAUUGGCCUAUCCCCUGAUCCCCAAGAUGAAGCACUGUCCCUGGCAAAGAGGGAAUGUGUUGACCCCUUGGACCCCCUAGAUCCCCAGGACCCCCAGUCACUUUACAGAGACAUCUGGAUGUUACGUGCAACACUGGAACAGUCCGCUGCCUCUGACCAGAGCAGCAACAAUGACAGGAACUCUGUCUGCAGCGAUGCUGAGAGUGUGUGUUCGCUGGGCGGACGCACAGAGGCGGACAGAGGAGGGCUCCCUAGCUACCCAUCCCAGGAUUUAGGGGAUGAGACAGAGGGUGGAGAGGAUGAGAAGGAUUUUUUGGUGUACGUGGAUGAAAAGUUGGGGGUGAAGGCGGCAAAAAAGAGGAAACAGGAAACCACAGAAUCAGAGCGAGGGGGCAGUGAGGGAGAAACAGGGUCUCGUAAAUUGCUGCAGAUGGACAGCGGCUAUGCAUCGAUAGAGGCUCCAUCUCGUGGUCCAGAAGACUUGCGGCUGUUUGGGAGCAGCAGCCCCAGUGGCAGCCCAAAGGACAGAACAGCCCACGAGAAAAGGCACCACUUCACCAACGCAGGGCGAACUGGCACUAUCGGGGAGAGCUUUGAGUCUCAUCUCUUUGAGGAGGGGCCGGAAGAUGAGCUGCUAUUGGGCGCCAGUGGAGGAGUUUCCAUAGAAACUGGUGCUGAUUCACUGAGCUGGUUCCCAUACGGUCAGAUGCUCACACCUCGAGAGGCUGCACAGCCCUCACCUCAACCUCCUAGCCUGCACCGGAGAGACUAUAGCAUAGAUGAGAAGACAGACGCACUCUUCCACGAAUUCCUCCGCCACGACCCUCAAUUUGAUCAACAGGAGUCGCCGCUGAGGAAGCACCGGUCCCGAAUCCACCUUCGCAAGCAGUGGCAGCGGCACAAGCAGUGGAGCGACCCUGGUGUCAGACACUUUCAGUCCUCUUUUGAGCGACAACGAACCCCGCUACGGAGGGGUGACAGUGUAAACUACCCACUGGACACAAGCUACCACAGCACGCUCCCCCGCAUUGUUAGCGCACCUGAUGAGGAGACCAGUGACGCCAGCGCUCCUGAAACUCCGAAGGUAGAGCCUACAACUACCAAGGAUGGAGGUAAGGAGAGAGAGCAGGGUGUCACUGCCAGAGACACUGAGGACCGCGCCUCAUCUUCUUCCCCACCUCUGGUUGAGCAUCCCUUCCCUCAGGAGGACAGCAAACAGUCUGGACUCCCACCCGAGCCCCUGGAUGUGCGCUCACCCCCUCCUCAGCUGCCCGACUCAUCAGGCUAUGGCCCGCAAACCAUCACAGCAGAGCUCACAGACAAACUGACUGCUAACCUGGAAGACAGGCUGUACAUGGGCCUCCGCAGGACCAAGGAUACAGCAACUGAGUGUGUGUCGGUGACGGCCACACACGCUUCUCCAGACCACAGCCCAGUGUAG